CAAACGUUAGUCGACCAAAAGCUGACGGGACUUUCAUACUCCUCCUUCUUGAGGUCGCCAGCGUGUUGGAAAAACUUCAUAUUUAAAAAGAUCUCCGUCAUCGCUGUCAACACUCGCGACAGUUGGUUUGCGGCAAACAGGAGGGAUUUUUUUUUUUACGCGCUGUAGCCAAGCUAGGCUGCAGCCCGGCCAACAAGACAACUUAAAAAAGCUAGCAUAGCUCGCCACCACCAGACAUCGAAUAAACGUCUCAAAGAGGACGACGCCGCAGUGAACACGGUCUUGAUUGCCUCCAGACGGGAUAAAAGUGCCCCCCAUUUUCUGCAGCAGGAAAUACUCAAACAAUAAAUAAUUCUCCCGAAGCGUCCAUCCAUUCUUGCUCAGUGUAAUGGGUUUGGAGAUGCAAAACCCAUUCACGCUUAAUGUUCAUCUCUUAAAUUGAUGUGAAGAGAUUCUUAAAAUGGACUGCGACGAGAACACCACCGUGUUUUCCACCAUGAAGUCCUUCAACUCCUUCAUCGACUGCACCGGACGUUCGCCCCAGCUGCCGGGGCCCUCAGCGGCGGCCGCUACCACCCUACAGAACCGGUACAAACGCAGCAUGGAGUUGUUAGAAGCGGCCGAGAAGGUCCAGUCGCACAGUCGCUACCUGAAGCUGGACCAGGAGAAGAAGCAGAUGGAGUUCAGUCACAAACGUGUUCGUGUGGAGCUUGAGAAAAGUGCCAGUGACACUGCGUGCAACUUGAAGCAACUGGAGGAGAAGAAGAGUGAAUUGACGUCGCGGCUCAAGAAGUCGGAGGAGCGUGAGACGGAGCUCAUUAAGACGCUGGCGCAGCAAGUGGAGGCCAACCGAGAGAUUCGCAAGAACCUGGAGAGCCUCGGCAAAAAGCUGGAUGAGCGAGACGCCCGACUCGACGCUGCUAACCAGACCGUCAUCAGCCUGAAGGACCAGAUCCGAGACCUUAAGCAGAAUCUUCAAAACCAGGACUCGGUCAUUUCCACUCAGAAGUUGGAGAAGCAGGCGCUGCAGGAGCAGCUGGAUUUACAGCGCAGGAAGUACCAGGAAGUGUCCGAGCUGUGCCAGAGUCUGCAAGCGGCGCAGUUGUCCUGCUCGGAUCACGUCAUCAAGAUCAAGGAAUUGGAAAGGCGUCUGUCCCUUCAGGAGCAAGACUUCGCCAUUGUGAAGAAUGUCAAGUACGAGGCCAGCAGGGUGCCUGACCUGGAGAAGGAGCUCAAGCGCCUUCGAGAGGAGAACAUUUUCCUCAGGGAGAGCAGGGAGAACUGCAGCCUGCUGAAAGAAGAGACAGAGGGCCUGAAAAGGAAGCUGGAGCGCAUGGCCAAGACCAAAGAAGAUCUGAUCAAUGUGGAACUGGAGAAGGAGAGGUUGACAGAGAAGGUCAGAGCAUGGGAGAACCUCGGCCAAUCAACCGGACUCAACAUCAGGAAACCCGAGGAUCUGUCCAGAGAGGUGAUUCAGAUCCAUCAGAGGGAAAUUGUCCUGAAAGAACAGAACUACGCACUCAACAGCCGCAUCCGGAGCGUGGAGCGCUCGCUUUCCGAGCUGGAGACGGAGCUGCUGCAGCAGCGCAGCAAAACGCUGGAGGAGCAGAAGAAGCGGGAGACGCAAUCUCUGCUCCUGUGCCGGCUGCAGAAGAGGCUUUUGCUACUCACCAAGGAACGCGACGGCAUGCGCUCCAUCCUGGAGUCGUACGAUGGCGAGCUGGCGCCGGCCGAGCACUCGCCGCAGCUCAGCAAGCGUCUGAAGGAGGCGGAGGAAGUGCUUCACAAGACGCAGAGCUUCAACGCUGAGAUGCAGGUCCAGCUCACCAAAGCACAGGACGAGACCGGCGCACUUAAACUACAGCUUCAGACCACGCAGUUUGAGAUGGAAACGCUGAAGAAGCUGCAGACCUCCGCAGAUGAUGUCGUCCCCCCGGCGAGCAAAGAGGAGGUCACCAUGCUCAGGCAGAAAAUUGAAGAUUUGGAGGCGGAGCGACAGCGUUUGCAGGAGCAGAACGAAAUGCUGGAGAUGCGGCUGGAGAGACUCAACCUACAGGGCGACUACGACCCCCUCAAGACCCGCGUGCUCCACUUCAAGACGAACCCCACGGCGGUGGCCAAGCAGCAGAGGCAGCAGGAGACCGAGGCCCUGCGACAGGAAGUGGAGCGCCUCCGCGACGUGGUGCGCAAAGUGCAGGAGGCGGGCCACGGGGCCCGCGCCGACGCCGCCCUGCACUCGGCCAACCUGAGCCUGCCGCCGCCCAAGGAGGUCCUCGAUUUGUUGAAGCAGAUCGAGCUGUUGGAGCUGAAGAACCAGCGUCUCAAGGAGGUUUUCAAGCAGAAGAUCCAGGAGUUCCGCACCGUCUGCUACAUCCUGACCGGCUACCAGCUGGACAUGCCCAUCGAGAACCAGUACCGACUCACCUCUGUCUACGCCGAGCACGUGGAGGACUGCUUGGUCUUCAAAAAGGGUCCGUCGGGAAGCAUGGAGCUGAUGGAGACGGCCUUCUCGCGGACGCUGGGCGAUCUGGUGGAGCUGCACCUGCACCACCAGAACAGCAUCCCCGUGUUCACAGCCACACUGACCAUCGAUCUGUUCGGGCGGCAGACCGUCGUCGGCUGACUUUUUUCCCCACGCUUUGCAAUUACUGCUUUUUCUAUGUUGAAGAAACCUCUGUUUGUCUUGCGGGUCUUUUUAUUGCGGGAGAUGCGCUGGAGCAAGGACGGGGUCAAUAAAAGGAAUCCGGUUCCGGGGUCGA